AUGGACCUCUCUGAAACCGUUCGUCAGCUGAAACAAGAAAUGGCAGCUAUGAAGCAACAACGAGAGAAAGAUGUGAGGGAACUUUCAGCCUUGAAAGCAGAAAAUGCUGCAUUGAAAAAUCAAGAUCCUUCGUGGAGGCCUACUCAGCCAACCAACACUCAAACCCAAGUAACGUUGAGCACCACGGAUGAUGCUGCUUUAUGUCGAAUUUUUCCAACAUCUCUCAAAGGCAGAGCCUUGAGUUGGUUCCCUCGGCUCCCUCCCAAUUCUAUUGACUCCUUCAACACUCUGUCUUCUCAAUUCACUAUCCAAUUUGCAAAAAGUCGUCCCCACAAUCUAACAUCCUUAUCACUAAUAAGUCUCCGGCAAGACAAGAAGGAGUCACUUCGAACUUUUAUGGAUCGGUUCAAUAAAGUGGCAUUAGAAAUCAGGGAUCUCAACCCAGCUGUAGCACUCCAUCACCUCACAACGGCUUUGAAACCAAGGCCAUUCGUCAAUAGCAUCUGCAAGAAAGCCCCCUCGGACAUGAAUGACCAGCGAAGACACGCCGAUAAGUACAUGCAGAUGGAAGAAUUUGCUGAAUUUCGCAACCAAGCCCAAGCUGAAACCAUGACAAAGAAUGAGAAGAUAGUUGAACAACCGUUUAAGGGUCGCAAUAAAGAAAUAACACUUCGGGAACGACCUGUACGUGGUCCAAAAUACUCUCACUACACUCCCUUAAAUGCAAGUCGGGCGGUAGUACUCAAACAAGCUCUUGCGUCCGAGGUGUUGGCAAUCCCGAAAAGAGCAUCAACUCCUCCAUACGCCGAUACCAACAAAUCUUGCAGGUAUCACCGUAACCGUGGACACUCCACCGAGGAGUGCGCUGCUUUAAAGGAUAAAAUUGAGGAUUUGAUUAAGCAGGGACAACUCCAAAAUUUUGUUGAUCGGCCCGUCUCAUCUCGGCCCUGGUCCGAAUAUCAACCUCGACACCAUGAACGGUGGGUUUGCUGGAGGAGGCCCAACCUCGUCAGCCCAAAAGAAGCAUUUGCGUGCCGUCUGUCAGUUCACACAGUUGACAGACAGCCUACUCGAAGACUCCCAUCUACAAUGUUCACCGAUGCAGAUUUCCAAGGUAUUGACCCUGUGCAAGACGAUCCAAUGUUGGGAGUCUCUAAGAAGGUGCUAAUUCCAUAUGAUGAUCCCCUAGUCGGCUUUUCAGGAGAAAGGGUCAGCACCAGGAGGUACAUUAAGCUUUUCACUCGCUUUUGUUUUGAUGAGCAGGAAUAUAGGGAAAUUCAGGUGAAGUAUAUAGUGGUGCAUGCCAACACAUCCUAUAAUAUUCUUCUCGGUCGGCCAUCAUUAAACAUGUUGGGGGCUAUCGUCUCGACGCCACAUUUGGCAAUGAAAUUUCCAUCUGAUAAGGGGAAGAUCCUUACGAUCCAUGCCGAUCAGAAGGCGACUCGGGAGUGCUACUUUGCUAGCUUGCGGAUAACUCUCGUUGAAGAAAAACAAUCAAAAUCAAAAAGGGUUCACGUGGUAAACCCUUUGGCAUCAGACGAACUCCCGGUUUGGGAUCUGGAUCCGAGGAUGAAUGAGGAAGAGCAUGUGGAACCAACUGAAGAAAAAAUCCCUUUGCAAAUCAAUUCACAAUCAUCUCAAGUGACGUGCAUCGGCACCGACGCGUCCGAAGGUGAUCGUUCCACUUUAAGUGACGUAAUCAUUCGGAACAAGGACCUCUUCGCAUGGACACCAUCGGACAUGCCCGGCAUAGAUCCAAACUUCAUGUGUCACAAGUUGUCAAUAUGCGCUGAAGCGCGACCGGUAGCUCAACGUAAAAGAAAAAUGGGCUCUGAUAGAAAACUUGCAGUCGAAACGGAAGUUGCAAAAUUGAGUGAUGCUAGAUUCAUUCGGUAG